AUGCUGUUUUGGAAAAAUAAGGAACAUGAAGAUAUUUAUUCGAAAUGUGGAGCUUCUAGGUGGAAAGAACAUGCAAAUAUUGUGGAAGAUGAUUCAUCCAUUUAUAGCAAGAAAAAGAAGCAUGUCAAGAUUUUACGUUGGUUUCCUUUGAAACCGAGAUUGCAGAGGUUAUUCAUGUCUUCAAAAACAGCAAAUUUUAUGAAGUGGCACGAGGAAGGGCGUACUAAAGAUGGAAACUUGAGGCAUCCAGCAGAUUCAGAGUGUUGGAAAAAUUUAGAUGCUCGCUAUCCUGAUUUUUCCUCUGAAACACGCAAUAUUCGUCUCGGUUUAGCUUGUGAUGGAUUUAACCGAUUCAAGACUAUAAAUGUAACACAUAGCACUUGGCCUAUUAUUUUGAUACCUUAUAAUUUGCCUCCUUGGAUGUGUAUGAAACAACCUAACUUCAUACUUUCCUUACUUAUUCCUGAUCCAAAAGGUCCUAGAAAUAAUAUUGAUGUAUACAUGGAGCCACUGAUUAACAAGCUAAAAGAGUUAUGGGAAGAUGGAAUUGAAACAUUUGAUGCCUCUAUGAAUGAAACAUUUCGAAUGCGAGCUGCAAUACUGUGGACUAUUAAUGACUUCCCUGCAUAUGCUAACUUGUCUGGUUGGAGUACGAAAGGGGCGUAUGCAUGUCCUAUCUGUGGUUAUGACACUGCUUCAAGAUGGUUAACACAUAGUAGAAAGCAUUGUUAUAUGUGUCAUAGACGUUGGCUGGAGCCUAAUCAUAGUUUUCAGAAUGAUGAACAAUCUUUUGAUGGUACUUGUGAACUAAGGUCAGAACCAAUUCCACCAUCUGGUAGUAACAUAUUGAGACAACUAGAAGCUCUUGACAGCAUCGAGGAUGGUCCUUGGAAGAAAAAGAGUAUUCUGUUUUCACUGCCUUAUUGGGAGCAUCUUUGUUUACGCCAUAAUCUUGAUGUAAUGCAUAUUGAAAAGAAUGUUUCUGAUAACAUUUUGGGCACUUUAAUUGGACAAGAGGGUAAGUCAAAGGAUAACUAUAAAGCAAGACUUGACUUAGAAGACAUGGGUAUAAGGAGUGUGCUUCACCCAAAAGAUCGUCCUGGCUCUAGCACAAAAUAUUUGCCUAAAGCUUGUUACCAAAUGACUUCAUCCGAAAAGGAUGCUUUUCUAAAGGUCCUUAAGAAAAUGAAAAUCCCAGAUGAAUACUCUUGUAAUCUUUCUCGUUGUGUGCAACUCAAACAACGGAAAAUAAUAGGGAUGAAAAGUUAUGACUGUCAUCUUCUGAUUCAAGAAUUUUUGCCAAUAUCUAUUCGAGGAUCUUUACCUGACAAUGUGGCUUCAGUGAUAAUUGACUUGUGUUAUUUUUUCAAAGAACUUUGUUCUAAGGUUCUUAAUGAGCAUGAUUUAGAGGCACUUGAUUCACAAGUUGUUACACUUUUGUGUGAAAUGGAAAAAAAUUUUCCUCCCUCUUUCUUCACUAUCAUGGUGCAUUUGCUAAUUCAUUUGCCAAGUGAAGUGAAAAUUGCCGGUCCAGUCAUCUAUAGAUGGAUGUACCCCAUUGAAAGGUUCCUUCUUGUACUUAAAUCUUUUGUGCGUAAUAGAGCUCAUCCUGAAGGUUCAAUUGCUGAAGGGAGUGGCGACGAAAUUUAA